AUGGCAUCGGAAUUGCGUUAUGUACUAAAGUGCGGCGACAAUAACACAAAGUCACGCAAAUCGAGUACCAAAUCAAAGGAAUCGCCAAAAUCGAAGGAAUCCGAUUCCAGCGAUAGUCAUCAUUUUCAACCGUUUGGUGCGUUACUCGAUCAGGAGACAGACGAUACGAAAAUUGCCUUCGAAUAUGCCGUGGAUUAUGUGAAUUUUCAGGAGAAUAUGGAUUUGUUGGAAGCUGAAGUUGAAACGGUAGAGCCUGAUGACGAAUUUGGAUGCGCACAAAAGUUGUGUGAAAUCUUGGAGCGAGGCGUUGCUGCGGUAUUUGGUCCGGGAUCAGCAUCAUCUGCGAUUCACGUUCACAGCAUUUUGGAUGCAAAAGACAUGCCUCAUAUCGAAGUUCGACCCGAUGGCGAGACAGAAAUUCGUUCUUUGAACAUUCAUCCUGACCCGGCAACGAUUCGAAAUUGUCUCAUCGAUCUCGUGAAAAUAUUCGAUUGGGAAGGUUUUACAAUAAUUUACGAAUCGGGGCCUUGGUUGCCGCAUUUGGCGGAAUUAUUGAAAGUUUACGACGCAAAGGGAUAUACAAUUACUAUCAAACAGUUGGAUUUAAAGUUGCCAUCGAACAAUUUUCGACAGAUGUUGCGACAAGUAAAGGUGUCAGAAGCGAAAAAUAUAAUUAUCGAUUGUUCGAUUGAAUUGUUGCCGGAGGUGCUGAAACAAGCGCAACAAGUUGGACUGAUGUCAGAUCAACACAAUAUAAUUAUCACUAAUUUGGAUUUCCAUACGUUGGAUUUGGAGCCAUAUCAAUAUGGGGGCACGAAUAUCACGGGAUUGCGAUUAAUAGAUCCAAUGGACCCGAAAACGGAAAGUAUUAUUUCGUUUUUUCAGCAGAAACAUUCCGACUUGGAUUUGGAGUUUCCUGAUAGUUUGACUGCUGAGCAUAUUCGUGUCGAUACAGCACUCAUGUUCGAUGCUGUGUUGCUGUUUGCCGAAGCUCUCGUAACACUUGGAGGCACACAAAUUCAAACGAUGAGCUUGUCAUGCGGCGAUACCGACAGCUGGAAUCAUGGAUUGUCGCUGCUCAAUACCAUGAGCACGUCGACAAUUGAGGGAUUAACGCGAACAAUUAAACUCGAUACAAAUGGCAAUCGAACGGAAUUCACACUUGACCUGGUUGAAUUAGCUUCGGAUGGCAUCCAAAAGUUCGGUACAUGGAAUUCAACGACAGGCUUGAAUAUCACACGAGCUCCUGUACCAAAAAUAUCCGCCUUGAACGACGGAUCGUUACAGAACAAAUCUUUUAUUGUUCUCACGGCAUUGAGUGCCCCGUAUGGAAUGUUAAAAGACUCGGCGGAAAAAUUAUCGGGCAAUGAUCGUUUUGAAGGAUUCGGCAUUGAGCUAAUUCAUGAACUUUCGUUAAUGUUGGGUUUUAAUUACACAUUCGUGCUGCAAGAAGACGGCGUUUAUGGCUCAAAAAAUGCUGAUGGAGAAUGGAAUGGAAUGAUAAAAGAAAUACGAGAACAUAGAGCGGAUUUAGCAAUUACUGACUUGACAAUUACCUCAGAUCGCGAAGGAGGUGUCGAUUUUACAAUGCCUUUUAUGAAUUUGGGUAUUUCGAUUCUCUACAAGAAGCCAACGAAGGAAGCUCCGUCUCUUUUCUCUUUCAUGUCUCCGUUUUCGAAGGAAGUUUGGUUGUAUCUCGGAUGUGCAUAUUUAGGAGUUUCCUUCUCAUUGUUCAUUUUGGGUCGAUUAUCGCCCGUUGAAUGGGAUAAUCCGUAUCCGUGUAUCGAAGAACCUGAAACGCUCGAAAAUCAAUUUUCCCUUGCGAAUUCUAUGUGGUUUACAAUUGGCGCGUUAUUACAACAAGGCUCUGAAAUUGCCCCAAAAUCGCCUUCAACACGUACAGUUGCCUCAAUUUGGUGGUUUUUUACACUCAUUAUGGUUUCUUCAUACACUGCCAACUUGGCUGCUUUCUUAACUGUCGAGUCUGUGGAUGUUGUGAUCAGUAAUGCGGAAGAUUUGGCAAAAAGUUCAAUUACUUAUGGCGCAAAACGAGGCGGAAGUACAUUGAGUUUCUUCAAAGAUGCGGAUUAUGAAGUUUAUCAAACGAUGCAUAAAUUUAUGAGUUCUCAUCCGGAUGCCUUGACGGGAUCUAAUGACGAAGGUUUGGAGCGUGUAAAGUCAAAAGAUGAAGAUUAUGCUUAUUUGAUGGAAUCAACCUCAAUUGAGUACAUAACAGAACGCCAUUGUGAAGUUACUCAAAUUGGCGGAUUACUUGAUGAAAAAGGAUAUGGAAUUGCAAUGCGUAAAAAUUCCCCUUAUCGAAGCGCCUUGAGCGAAGCUGUGCUCAGAUUGCAAGAACAAGGUAAGCUAACGUUAAUGAAGAACAAAUGGUGGAAAGAAAAACGCGGAGGAGGCGCCUGUUCGGCAAAAGGCGACGACAAAGCUGAAGCUCUUGGCAUGAAAAAUGUGAGCGGUGUGUUCUUUGUCUUAUGCGUUGGUUCUGCUUUUGCCGUUUUAUACGGCAUUAUUGAGUGGUUAUGUUUAUCUUAUUCCAAAGCGAGACAAUAUAAGGUUCCCUUCAAGGAAGAAUUCAUGGAAGAACUGAAAUUCGUUAUGAAAUGCAGCGGCAAUACAAAGACAGUACGACAUCGCAAAAGUUCCUCAAAUGGCUCUAAAAACUCGAUAAUUUCCGAGCAUACACAUUCACGAAGCGGCACGCCAAAAGAUUCAAAAGGACCGAAACGGGAAGCGAGCGAUCCUUAUCUCAAUAUGAGAGUCAAUGGUAACAAUAAAAUUGGUUGGCGUUUGAAUAAAACUGAUAACUUAGAUGAAGAUGCUUAAAAUGUGUCUCAACAAUUUAGCAACAAAUUUUAUGAUAAAAACUAACGAAAAAUUAUUAUUUAGUCAAAUUGCACUAAUGAAAAUAAUUUAUUUUUUUAGAUAAAUUUUUAGUUUAUUUUAAUAAAUUGUAUAAAUAUUUU